AGAAAAGCACAUUUCAAAUCUCUGCAAUUUGGCAACGCCUAACUUUACUUCAAGUGCGAUUCUUACCCCUUCCUUACCGAGUCUUUGCGUGAAUCCGUCUGCUAGCCUUCUUGCGACGUUAAGACCACGCUCGUUUCACUGUUGAAACGAGAUAGUUACUGUCACGAUUAUUAUACCUUUCUCUGUUUCGUGAAGCCAUUUAUUCAGUUUUUUGGCUCGUUUUUCUGUCCUGAACUGUCAGUUCAAACCUCAUUCUGAGUGCUUUUUGCUUGUCUAGCAUUGGCUUCAUAUCUGUAUUCCCUGUCUGUGUGUGUAUUGGUCUGGGUGGCCACUCACAUUUUCUCGUGUCAUCCCAGACAUCACACGUAUGUCAUUUCACUGUAUGUCAGCACAGUUUGAGUCCCACACAUUCUUUCAUUUGUGUCGUGCAUGACCCAGCAACUGGCGAAUAAAUUACAGGGGCUGCUUACAACAGACCCCAGAAGGAACUUUGAAGGCUCCCAAUUCUUAGCGUCGAAACAUUGGUCCUUCGAACCGGAGUCAUCCACAGAGAUUCUUCUUGGCCUAUUCGUCGUUUCAAGUUGAUCCUACGUCUAUUCUCGUUUUUCCAGAACUUGUCAACGUUCCUGCUGGUCGAACACUGUCGACCAUUAGUCCAUUCUCUCACCUGGGUUGACUCCUUUCUCUUCAUUCACUUUCGGAGGAGCUUCUGCUCGCUGUCUCAUCUAGCUUCCAGCCAGUUAGCUGUCUACUCUCGCCUCAUUCAUCAGUAUGGCCGGUGUAAAUGGAGACAACGAGGUUCCUCAAGAGACGACCACACCUACAACCCAAAGGGACCUUCAAGAUGCUGCUACCUGGAAGAAGCAACGCAGUGCCUUACGUCAGCAGAUCACCAAGACAAUGCGGUACCUAGGCAACCUAGUUACUGACAGAGGUUCCAGAGGAUCCACUUCCAGUUUGAUGAAGCACCUUGAGACUCUAUUGGCCGCAGCCACUAAAAUCCAUACCAAUCGGUUGACAGUCGAAGAUCAGGCAGAAAAUGAUCGUCAAGACGAGUUUCAUCUAAAGUACGUUGAGCUGGCUGGAGACGCGUUGGAGAGAGGUCAACAAUAUUUGAAUUCAAGAGUAGGUGAACCUCCCUCUGUAACUGCAGGCAAUCGGGCACCAUCUAUUUCAGCAUCCGAGAAAAAUCGUCAAGAGGUUGAACGCAAGUUGGCCCAACAAAGAGCAGAUGCAGCCGCUCUACAAGCAGACGAAGCCCGUCGUCAAGCCAACGAAGCGUCCAACCGAGCAGAUCAGGCCCGACGUGAAGCCACUGCGGCACAGCAAGCAUUACAAGAACUAGAUGUUGAUGAAGAUCGUGCUAGUGCAGUCACGCACGUUUCUCAGCGACUUUCUCAACUUGGUCAAGAUUGGAGACAGAACCAACGCCGUUUUAAUUCUUCGACUUCACCAGCAGCUCCUGACGAGUGGAUCGACCGUUAUGCCGCCGGUCAGCUGAGGCCAAACGUUACAGCGAGUUCCCGUUCUUCAGUCAAGACAGAGUUAGAAAUUUAUUCCGGAAAGUCCCUCGACUGGUUUGAAUGGAUAGAUUUGUACAGAGCUCUUGUGCACGAUUCCGGAAAAUCCGCUGGAGAAAAAUUGGCCAUUCUUAAACGCCAUCUGAAAGGCGAUUGCCUCGACCUGGUUCAAGGUCUCGGAGGUGGCGAGUCAGCCUACAUCGAAGCCUUAGUCCGUCUCAAACAGAGCUCUGGCAGACGGGAUGUUAUGCGAGCUGCCACUCUACAGGCCAUCGAGAAAAUGGAACUGAGAAAUGACCCGGCCAUUUUCAAACGUUUUGCCGAGCGGAUUAGGACUCAUCUAUUCGAUCUCAGCCGUAUCGGAGAAUCCAAUGCCCCAGAUUUGAUCGAGAGGAUUAGCAUGAGACUCCAGCCACCAGAUCGUCUUGAGUGGAACCGUGGACGACGAGGAGGAUUGGAAACAAGAAGUCUCAACGCCUUUGGAUCCUGGCUGUGUGAGAGAGCGGCAGAGUACCAAAAUGCAUACAGCAUUGCAUCCGAGCAAGCUUCUUCUUCCGUACCCAAACCACAUCGGUCUCAUGCUCGCAGCCACCCUGCUUCAUCCACAAAGGCAACUGACAACCACUCAGCACCUAAGGUCACCUUCCGGCCAUUCUGUUUCAAGUGUGAAGGCAACCACAAAUUGGAAAAUUGUAGCCAGUUCAAAGCUUUAGUCGUUGCAGACCGAGUUUCUUUCUGCGCCAAGCACAGGUUAUGUUUCGGAUGUCUUGGAGCGAAGCACUCCGUCCGGAAUUGUUUUACGAAGAAGCCGUGCAAGAUCGCUGGUUGCAGCCUCCACCAUCAUGAAUUGGUUCAUGACCCCGAUAGACCAGCCGCUGUAUCCACGCCGCAUGCAACGAAGACCGAAAUGACAAGAACAGCGACGGCCCACCUCCGGAAGCAGAGUCCACAACAAGUCGCCAUGGGGAUGAUGCGGUUGAGAGUUUUCAGUGCCGAUAACGGAGCGGUAUGGGCGAACGUCUUAAUAGACGAAGGGAGCGAUUCGACACUCAUGCGGCAAAGUUUCGCCAGCGCAAACAAGAUUUCCGGUGUUCAUCAGAUUCUGACCGUGGAAGGCGCGGGCGGUGUAGUCAAGCGCUACCGUUCUCAGCGUGUUAAUUUCCAGAUAGACACGGUUUAUGGCGAGAAGUUGGAUCUCUCGUGUUCUACCCUGCCCACUACCGUCGCGAGUACUACCCCGGUUACAGAUUGGGGAAAUUUGAAGAACCGUUGGUCGCAUCUGGCCGACCUUCCUGUUGGAGAAACGGGCGGCAGAGUGGACAUCCUGAUCGGCAACGAUUACUCGCACCUCAUCGUCGCUUUGGAAUCCAGAGUCGGAGAUGACUAUGAACCGACCGCCAUCAGAAGCAGACUAGGCUGGAUCAUCCAUGGUGUCGUCAACGAUGGUGCUUCCGUCCUAGCCGCCCGGACUCAUACUCAAUAGU